CGGUCUCCAGUUGGCGGUUGAGAGAUGGCGGAUACUUUGAGUGUUGGGAUAAAUCUGGAUGCGUUCGCUCAUGCCAUUAAUGCCAUCCAGCAGCUUCGGUCUAGUGUUACCCGAGUUUUUGACACGCUCAAGGAUGGAAUGAAAAAUAAAGAGAGCCUGGAGGGCAGGGAAAAGGCCUUUAUCAGCGACUUUCAGGAGAAUCUUCAUGCUGUCAACAGGGACUUGAAUGAGUUGGAACGUCUGAGUAAUCUGGUGGGGCGGCCAUCAGAGAGCCACCCACUCCAUAACAGUGGUUUAUUGAGCCUUGAUCCAGUGCAAGACAAAACCCCCUUGUAUAGUCAACUUUUGCAGGCAUACAAGUGGUCCAACAAGGUCAGAUGCUUUCUUCUUUUGCUUCAGUACCAUGCCGGUCUAGCUUCCAGUCUGUUAAACCAGCAGUCUCUGAAACGUUCGGCGAUGCAAAUGGGUGUAUCUGCAAAACGCCGGCCGAAGGUUCAGCCUACCACACUCGCUCUGCCACCUCAAUACGUGGAUGAUGUUAUCGUACGGAUUGACAGAAUGUUUCCUGAUAUGUCCAUUCACUUGUCCAGACCAAAUGGUUCCUCAGCAGUUCUGCUGGUCACACUUGGAAAGGUAUUAAAAGCAAUAGUUGUGAUGAGGAGUUUAUUCAUUGAUCGAACAAUUGUUAAAGCAUAUAAUGAAAACGUCUACACAGAAGAUGGGAAGCUGGACAUUUGGUCUAAGUCCAAUUACCAAGUCUUUCAAAAGGUGACUGACCAUGCUACUACAGCAUUGUUGCAUUACCAGCUGCCUCAGAUGCCAGAUGUGGUUGUCAGGUCUUUCAUGACAUGGUUGCGAAGUUACAUUAAAUUAUUCCAGGCAACAUGUCAACGCUGUGGAAAGUUUCUUCAGGAUGGACUGCCUCCCACAUGGAGAGAUUUCCGAACACUCGAGGCCUUUCAUGAUACUUGCAGACAGUAAUGCUUAACUCACUGUUUAGAAACUGAGAAUCGCAUUUGGAUAGAAUGAUGUGUACAACAAAGUGCACAGGACUUUGGGUAAUUGUGCCUAGCUUAAGAAUUUUAACGAUUUCCAGCAGAGAUGAAAUUCUUCCAAACUCAUUGUUUUUGAGCAGAAUUAUUUUCAGCCAAGUAACUUGGAGAUAAAAAUGAUAGUGCCUUCAGCUGGAUAAGUCUGCCACUGACCUGUUUUUUUUAAGGGAAAAAUAAAUUGAAAAACAGAGUUUCAUGUAUGAAAUAUAAUUUUGUAUUUAGAAUGCAUUUUCUGUUUGUUGUUCUCCAAAAUUAUUAUUUGUGUUUUUGGAACAAGGCAUCUCAUUAGUAUCAUCCAUGGCUGUCUUAGUGCAGUUUCUGAUCAAAUUAAUCAUUUAUUCAGCUGUCCCACUCAAACAUCCAGUCACUAUGUGCUUUAUAACAACCAUGUUCCCAAGGAUUAUGUCUUGACUUCGCUUUAUAUUUUUGUCACAUAUUUAGCUUGUUUCUUGUCCUGUUCUUUAUCUCACUAUAAAUUUUUACAGUAUUUUCAUCCCACUGACUGAACUAGUCAAUAAAAUGAUGAAGGCAUUUAACAAUAAAGCGUUGCAAACCAGCUAUAAAAUCAAAAUUCAGAUUUCUCAACUUUAACUAACAUCCAUACUUAAACUUCCCCAUCAUCACAGCUGGCUUACCUGAGGGAGAGAAGGAGGGUCAGCUUCAGUGCAGGACAUUUAGAAAUAGACAUCUAUUUUUGUUGACUGGGGACAUUAGCGUUACAGAACUUUUUUUCUCCCAAAUUGAUCCGCAGGUAUCUUAUCCCUGAAAAGGAUGCCAUUGGUGCUUUACAGUGCUUCCAGGCAUCUGAACUGGCCUAGAAUUCUCCAUAUGGACGACUUGAAAAUCUGAGACUUUUUGGAAGAUAGCAAGCAGAGACAAGGCUAAAUUCUGGGGCUGUGAUAUAAAAUAAUAGUGAUAUGAUCCCUUGGAGAGUCUUCAAGAUUUAAAAUAGAGUUAUCAUCUAGGAACAGUAUAAUCAAAAAUAAGUUUGUACACGAAUCAUCCGGCUCAGUUUUUUCCUUAAAUCAUUAAGUAAGUGUUAAAUUUAGGCAAUGUGUUCUAUUUUAGUCUUUAAUCCACAAUUGUUGCUUUCUCUAAUGAAUCAUUGUGACCAUACAAGUGUUCUUGAAUUUUACCACUUGAAAAUGACAUGGGAUGGCAGUGCUUCACACUUCAGCACUAUCCUGAAGUGAAAUGUUAUUUUACUGAUUGCUGUACCUCUGACAGGCCGACUUGUCACGUUCUUUUUUCCUGUUAUUUCACUUUCCUUGAAUGUGAGCUUAGUUUUAACGCUCCUGCACAUUAUUAUGGAUAGCUUUGUCACUUUCGCAUGCCUACAGUGUGUUUUCUUUUAAAUGGUGGAAUGAAACCACUUGAGUUAUCCAGUUUAACAGUUGAGCUCUUGAUUGAUUCACUUGGCUGAAUUUUGUGUGUUUGCUGCCUAGCUGGUGGAUAAUCCCUGCAAACAGCAAAAUGAUGCAUUUCACAAAAGGAUAAAUGGUCCAAUCUAAUUCCCCAUCCUGUCUAUUACAACAAGAUACUGACCAGUUGCAAAAAAAUUUCCAAUUAUUGAAAUCCCGUUUGGCCUGACCCUAGCUGAAGAUUUUGUGCUAGUUCAAUAUAGACUUUUUUUUAUUUUGAGUCAGAUUUAUCAUUGAAAUUACUUUAAUUUUCCCAGUGAUAUGUUGUUACAGCACAGACAGCCAAAUACCUCUGUAUUCACAGCACAUUAAAAUUAAAACCUUCAAAUAGCCUCAAAAUCUCCCCCAUUAGUUCCAAACCAGAUAUUCCAGAUUCUGCGAAUAAUCAAUUCUGGUCACUGGAUUUGUAGCGUAUGCAAAAAAUUAGCAAUUUAUUCACAAUGCAUUAACUUUAACAGAACAAAACUAAACAACAAAAUAAUCUAGAGAUAAUGGGAACUGCAGGUGCUGGAGAAUCUGAGAUAACAAAGUGUG